AUGCUUCUCCCAGUCCUAUAUAUCGAGUGGCAUGCGGCUUGGUAUGGGAUCUCAACAGCAGCUUUGUCCGUGGCGCUUUCGCGCGCUUACAGCAUGUUCUCGCGCAUCUUGCUGUCAUUGACGGCGCUCCUCUAUGCGCCGUCUGUUGCUAUAGCGCAGACCGACACGCUUGGUCUAUCCGAUGGCUUCCUCACCUUCUCACUCGGUAACCUGACCGCGUCCCUCGUCAAAGACUCGCAGACGCUCUACUCUCUCAACACCUCUUCCGGCUUCGACUUUGCGCCCUCAGACGUCAUGUCCCAGCGCGCAGCUAACGGGAACUACCACCUCGGCGAUCUCUACUUCCGUGCGCGCGUCUCCGGCUCGAGUGCCUGGACAACUGGCGAUACGUCCGCGGCUAGGAAGAAGGUCACUGCGUUGAGCGCGAGCGGGGACGUGUUGGCUGCUGCGAGUCUCACGCCGACAUUGUCCUCGAACGCGGCGAAGCUGCUGAAUGUUACGAGGCGAUGGGUGAAGAGCGGCGGGACGCUGCAGUUGUUGUUCGAUGUGUCGAAUGCGGCGGGAAAGGCUGUUGAGAUUGGUGCGCUUGGUGCGCCGCUUGAGUUCAACAACAUCUUUACAGGGCGCACAGCCGCGCAGACGAACGAGCGCUGCAGCCUUUUCGAUCCAUACAUCGGCCAAGACGCCGGCUACGUUCAAGUCACACCCCUCCUCGGCACACUCCCUCCUCUCGUCGUUACCCCCGUCGGCACCUCCCCGCUCGAGGGCUGGCGCUUCCUGCCAGAGAACACCGGUACCUCCCUAGGCUAUCAAAGCCAGACCUUCGAAGGACUCUACGAAUGGUCUUUCCACACGCUCGCGUACGCUCAGAACGAAUGGUCUGCAGCCGAUCCAUGGAACGCGCCUACGUCCUUCACGCUCGAAGCGGGACAGACGAGGACGUAUGGGCUGCAGUUCAACCUCGCACCGUCAAUCAGAGAGAUCGAGAGCACGUUGCAAGCCGCAGGUCGCCCUCUGGCCGUUGGUGUACCGGGAUACGUCGUGCCGGCCGACGCACCGGCCAAGCUUUUCCUCUCGCACUCAUCCCCCAUCGCGAACCUCACAUCCACACCCACCGGCGCUCUCACGUGGACAUCCAACUCCGACGCCACAAGCGCAGGCUGGACCGGAUACACUAUCACCGGUGCCCAAUGGGGCCGUGCGCGCUUGAACGUGGCGUACGAAGACGGGUCGGUACAGACGGUGCAUUACUACGUGACGAAGGCAGCGCCGGAGGCCAUGAGCGACUUGGGGAACUUCUUGACGACGGAACAGUGGUUCGAUGAUCCUGAGGAUCCGUUUGGGAGGUCACCGUCGGUUAUUUCUUACGAUGGGCAGGUGAACGCGAUUGUCAAGGACGAUCCGAGGGCAUGGAUACCGGGCUUGAGCGACGAGGCGGGUGCGGGUUCGUGGCUUGCGGCGACUAUGAAGCAAUACGUGCAACCAAGUGCGGCCGAGGUGAAGAAGCUCGAGACGUUCGUGAACCAGACGCUCUGGGGGUCGGUGCAGAACUAUGACUACUCGGUGAAGCAUGCUGUGUACUUCUACCAGCCGGACAUCGUCGACUACGACUAUCCUUCGGACAUUGACUGGGGUAACUGGUGGUCAUGGAACCAGGAGGCUGCGUAUGAUCCUGGUCGCUCUUACGACUACGUUCACGUCGCAAAUGCGUACUGGGCGAUGUACCGUGUAGCGCGCAACUAUCCCGACCUCGUCUCCACCCACGACUGGCAAUGGUACCUCAACCAAGCCGUCGGCACCAUCAAGUCUGUCACCGCCGGCGGACGCGCGAACGAGAAUGAUGGAUGGAUGGACGAGACCGUCUUCCGCUUCAUUCUCGAUGAUCUGCAGCGCGAAGGCCUCACAGCGAACGCGAGUCUCGUCGAGUCUCGGAUGAAGACGCGCCAGGCCAUUUGGGCGACGGAGCGUUAUCCGUUCGGUUCCGAGAUGGCCUGGGAUUCGACAGGCCAGGAAGGCGUCUACGCCUGGAGCGUAUACUUCAACGACUCGAACACGGCGCUCAACUCGCUCAACUCUAUCCUCGCAUACCAGCCUACCGUACCGCACUGGGGUUACAACGGCAAUGCUCGGCGCUACUGGGACAACAUCUACGGCGGCAAGCUUCAGCGCAUCGAGCGCCAGAUACACCACUACGGGAGUGGUCUGAACGCCCUGCCUCUUUUGGAACAGUUCAUGAUGACGCCUGACGACACCUACCUUCUACGCGUCGGCUUUGGCGGCGUCUCCGGCCCGUCGAGUAAUAUCCGCGAGGAUGGUUUCGCGGCGGCUUCCUUCCACUCGUUCGAGGAUACGCUUCAAUGGGACGGCUAUAGUGGGGACUGGGGUCCAAACUAUGUGGGCCUAAGCAUCGGAACAACGAUGUUCCUCGCCGACAUGCCCAAUUUCGGAUGGCAGGCUUUCGGUGGAAUCGUUACCAGCACUUCGCCGACGGUAAAAGUCACCGUGAAAGACGCUGUGCAACGCAGGAUCUUCAUCGCACCGAUUGGACAGCUGCUCUCGCUGGACGCUGGCGUGUUCACGUCUCUCGAGUACAAUUCUUCUGCGCGUACUGUGACGGUUAGCAUGGCCGCUGCCGCAAGUGCACCUAACGCAGCAAGCGCGCCACAGGGCCGUCUUUUAGUCAAGCAGACUGCUAGCGUGUCCGGUGUAACGCUCCUCUCUCCCUCAAGCAGUCUUCAGAAGGAUGCGGGCGCUUGGACUAUACCUUUCUCAGGCGGCAAGGCAACAGUAGUGCUCAAGUAUUAG